CAGAUCUUAAGCCACCGCCCGUCAUACAUCAACGCCAUCCUUAUCCAAUCCCGGGGGACAGCGGCGCCGACAGCUUGCACUGAAUGCGUACGACGCGGCCUGACGCCCUUCCCCGAGUGCCGCCGUGCGAUCGCUCACUUUAGUGAUUGCUGCGGUAAUUGUAAGUGGCGUGACCACGGUACGCGCUGCUCUUGGGAUAAUUCUUCGGACGAAGAAUCGUCUGAAGAGGAGAAUAACGACGAGGAUGCCGACGACGACGACGACGACGACGACGACGAGUCCGUACGGUCGGAUUCAAGUGAAACCCUUCUAGGUGAUUAAUGUAAGUUCAAUU